CCAUUCCCUCAUCUUUGGAGAAUGGAGAAUUCGGGAGCUGAAGAAGUCAUUUUCCACUCCCAGCUGUAAAAAAGAUGAUUUCCCCAGCACCGGGGCAAGACUUCUAAGUCCUAUUUCCUCGUCCCUUGUCCGCUUCUAAUUUUACUUUCUUUUUCUUGUCUCUGGUUUCUUUGUAAGCUUUAACUGAAGUUCUGGAUAAAGAUAUGCUGCCCUAAUCCUUUCCUUCCGUAGGCUUCUGUCAAGAACUCCGACAUCUUGGUAUUACCAGAUUGAAUGCUAAAACAGCAAGAAAACGACCAGAACUUUCAGGAAAAAAACGUACUGUAUCCAACAAUUCAAAUAUGGCCGAACUGAAGUCAAUGUUUCGGGAAGUUCUUCCAAAACAAGGGCAGUUGUCUGUAGAAGAUGUAACCACAAUGGUGCUGUGUAAACCCAAACUUUUACCCUUAAAAUCUCUGACUCUGGAAAAACUGGAAAAAAUGCAGCAAGCAGCACAAGAU